AUGGUAGGGAAAGGAAGUGUAAAAUGCUCAAAAUGUGGCAUAAUAUCAAAAGAAGAUGGUAACUUAACCUUCCAUAGGUUUCCUCUUCCGUCCAAGCAUGGGUCUCUGAAGGCUAAAGUUUGGGCUAAAUUUUGUUUUCCUGAUGGUGAUUGGACAUCCAAUGAAUCAUUAGAAAUGUUGUACGCACAGCAUAGGAUGCUAUGUGGCAAUCAUUUUGAUGAUUCUUCAUUUACCAGCAGCAACAGGAAAAGACUUAACAAGUUUGCUAUUCCAUCUGAAGCUCAAAGUAUACUUUCCCAAUUAAGAGACAAACAGUGUAGUCCAUCAAAAGCAAGUCAUGACCUCCAAUUCUCUGCUUGGGUACGAAGUGUUGGUGGAAGUCUUGAUGGACCUACAGAUUAUGAAUAUUACAAAAAAAAGAGAGUGUGUGAUUUACAUUUUAAGCUUUCUGAUAGAAAUCGGUGCAACCGUUUGAAUGCAUUAGCAGUGCCAUCUCCUCUUGUGCAUAAGGAUGAUCAUAUUGAAGGUUCAAACCAUGAAGAUGUCACAGAUGAUGAGCAUGAAUCUGAAGAUCCAUUAUAUUUACAAUUAGAUUUGGAUUAUGAUGAAAAUACAAAUGAUCAACAGAAAUCUGAUACGUUAGAUUUACAAAACGGGGAUACGGGUGCAACCCUAGAUGACCAUGAUUAUAUCACAUCUGAGGAGAAAAGCUGUACAGUGCAGAAUCUCCGGACGAAGGUAGUGUUUGAACCUCGUGGGCUGAUACCUCCAGUAUUCACCCCUUUGAAUGAAGACCUCACUAUAAAUUACAAAGAAAUUCCAAGUUAUGCAGAUUAUAUGGUUGUGAAUGGAAUCAAAGCUGUGUUAGUCGGCGGCACAACUGGGGAGCAUAUGUCUUUGUCUGUUAGCGAUAGAAAGAAAAUUAUAGAAGCAUGGGUGAAAACCAAACCUCGAAGUGGUCUUCACAUCAUGGUCCAAGUCGGUGGUGCUCCAAUGGCUGAUGUCUUAGAAUUGGCAAAAUUCUGCGCAUCAGCAAACGUGGAUUCUCUGCUGACCCUACCUGAAUUGUACUUCAAGCCAAAGACAGUUACGGAGUUGGUGAACUAUGUGGAACUGGUGUCGAAUGCUGCGCCAAAUCUUCCUGUCCUUUACUACCAUAUACCUAGUAUGAGUAAAGUAGAAAUAAACAUGCCAGCCUUUGUAACAGAGGCCACUUCUAAAAUACCAAACUUCAAGGGGAUUAAAUUCACGUCAAAUGAUCUAAGCGAAGGUGUUCAAGUUAAACACAAUCUGAAGGAAGACCAGGAGAUGUUUCUUGGUGCUGAUACGUUACUAGCGCCAGCUGCACUCCUUGGUAUCAAGUCUAGUAUCGGAACAUCGUUCAAUUUAUUCCCAAAGCUGGCUCAAAAUAUACUGGAUGCUGUGGAAAACGGUGAUAUUAAAAAGGCUAAUUCGCUGCAACGAACUCUUAGUCUGGCCAUAGAAGCUCAUUUGCCUGAAGGUGACUGGGUUCCAAUAAUGAAAUUUGGAAUGGAGAUUGCAUCAGGUCUGACAAUGGGACCACCAGCUUUGCCCCAACAACCAAUCUCGACAGAAUCAAGAAAUAGAAUAGUUGCCCGAUUGAAACUACUUAAGAUGAUUGAAUAA